AUGGACGCCGAGAUCCGGGCUGUGCUCCCGAACAUCGAUCCCGUGAUUUCCGAGUACUCGGCUGGCUAUCUAACCCAUGCCUCCACGGCCUGGUCCAGCGAAGAGGACGCCGCAGGGCCGUCCCCGCUUGACGAGGCCGCGUCGGCUAUCACCGAGCUGCUGCUCUCUGCCUCCGGGAGCCAUGGCGCUGCCACCCAGGACAAGAUCCGGAGCCUGGUGGAGAAAUGGGUGGACAGGUAUGCUGCUGCCAGCAACAGCCAGGAGAAGAGGGGCCCCGCGGUCAAGAGGCUCGAUCAGACCAUCCAAGUGAGCGCCCAGCGGAACAUAUCCUCGACGCUGGCGGUUGCCACCGGAUCUGUCGACCUUGAGUCUGCCAAUGCGCGCAAGGUCGAGUCCAAGGUCGACAAGAAGAAGCUCGAGAAGGCCGAGCGCAAGAUUGCCGCCAAGCAGAACAAGAAGACCUUCAAGACGGUCGAGUAUGAGGCCUCGCGCCUCCUCAGCCAGACCGAGUCCGCCCAGUCGUACGAGGAGUUCUACAUGGCCGUGAACCCUCUGCAGAUGGGCCACGGUGGCAAGUCCAAGGACAUCAAGAUCGACAACAUCGACGUGUCGAUUGGAGGGAAUAGGAUCCUGACCGACACGACACUGACUCUCUCCUACGGCCACCGAUAUGGUCUUGUUGGUAACAACGGUGUCGGUAAAUCUACUCUCCUAAGAGCGCUCUCCCGCAGAGAGGUGCCGAUUCCUACCCACAUUUCCAUCUUGCAUGUCGAACAAGAGAUCACAGGCGACGACACUCCAGCACUCCAGGCGGUCCUCGAUGCCGACGUCUGGCGCAAGGUGCUGCUCAAGGAGCAAGCCGAACUCACGAACAAGCUGGCAGAAAUCGAGACUCAGCGAGCCUCGAUGGCGGACACGUCGGUGGAUGCCACAAAGCUCGACAAGGAGCGCGAGGCCCUGGACCAGCGUCUCGGCGACGUCCAAGCGAAACUCGCAGAGAUGGAGUCGGACAAGGCCGAAUCUAGAGCCGCCAGCAUUCUGGCAGGCUUGGGAUUCUCGCCGGAGCGGCAGCAGUUUGCCACAAAAACCUUCUCUGGUGGUUGGAGGAUGCGUCUCGCGCUUGCUCGGGCGCUCUUCUGCGAGCCGGAUCUGCUGCUUCUCGACGAGCCUUCCAACAUGUUGGACGUUCCAUCAAUCACCUUCCUCUCCAACUACCUGCAAGGCUACCCCAGCACCGUUCUCGUGGUGUCCCACGACAGGGCCUUCCUCAAUGAAGUCGCUACCGACAUCAUCCACCAGCACUCCAUGCGUCUCGACUACUACCGCGGUGCCAACUUCGACUCCUUCUAUGCGACCAAGGAGGAGCGGAAGAAGACGGCCAAGAGGGAGUACGAAAACCAGAUGGCGCAGCGGGCCCACCUCCAAGCGUUCAUCGACAAGUUCCGGUACAAUGCCGCCAAGUCGUCCGAGGCGCAAUCCCGCAUCAAGAAGCUGGAACGCAUGCCGGUGCUCGAGCCGCCCGAGGCAGAGUACAGCGUCAAGUUCAAAUUCCCAGACGUCGAGAAGCUGUCGCCGCCUAUCGUCCAGAUGUCCGGCGUCACCUUCGGCUACACAAAGGACAAGAUCCUGCUCAAGAACGUCGAUCUCGACGUCCAGCUCGACUCGCGAAUCGGCAUUGUGGGGCCGAACGGAGCCGGCAAGACCACGGUGCUCAAGCUGCUCAUCGGCAAGCUGCAGCCGACCAGCGGCGUCAUCUCGCAGAACCCGCGCCUGCGCAUCGGCUACUUUGCGCAGCACCAUGUCGAUGCGCUCGACCUCAACGCCAGCGCUGUCAGCUUCAUGGCCAAGACCUACCCCGGCAGGACCGACGAGGAGUACCGCCGGCAACUGGGUGCCUUCGGCAUCACAGGCACGACGGGCUUGCAGAAGAUGGCGCUGCUGUCUGGUGGUCAGAAGUCUCGUGUAGCGUUUGCCUGCCUGGCGCUCACCAACCCCCACAUCUUGGUCAUGGACGAGCCGUCAAACCACUUGGAUAUCGAGGCCAUGGAUGCCUUGGCCGAGGCACUCAAGGAGUUCCAGGGUGGCGUGCUCAUGGUGUCCCACGAUGUCACGAUGCUGCAGACCGUCUGCACAUCAUUGUGGGUUUGCGAGAACGGCACGGUGGAGAAGUUCCCUGGUGAUGUGCAGGCAUACAAGAAGAGGAUCACGGCUCAGGCCGAUGCCGCGGGUGUUGUCAAGGCACAUUAG